GUGGUUAUGUGUCCAACGAGAUAGUCCCAGAAAAUACUUUAAAAACUAUUCCGAAUCCAUCGAGCCAAAGAUCGCGAAGUGAAGUGGUGAAGUGAUCAAGAAGAUGUCUGACAAGUCUGUAAAAACAGCAAUGAGAGCUUAAAAACAUAAAGUUAAAACUUAAAAUUAAAUACAUUAAUAAAUUAAUAUUUGAAAGUGCAAUUAACCCUUUAGCUUAUCGCAGAAAAUUAAAGCCCAAGCAGACCGAGUGCGGGGAACGGGGGCAAUGGGAGAUGGGCGCCAUAGCUGCAGCAGCAACAACAACGGCGCCCUUGUCCAUCCGCCCAGAACAGCGGCCGGGCACGGUGCGGAUGCGUGAUGUUCUCGCCUCGGCCUUUGACAACUGAAAAUGCCAAAAGGUAGCAAAGCAGCAACAGCAACAGCAGUCCCUGCGAAUCGAUAACCGCAGCACACAAAGUGCUGAUCAGCCAAUCAAGGCGAGUAACUAAGCGAUAUAGGGGUACCGUCAAAGCAGGCAGAAAAAAGAAGAGGAGGCGAAUAGAAUCCCGAGCCCCAGGAUGCGGAUGUGGAUGUGGAUGCCGCAGGCUGUGCAGCUGCUGUUUGUGAUGGGCUUGUGGGUGCUGCAAGGUCAGGCGCAAUUGGAAUCAGAAUCAGUGGCAGCCAGAGCAGGGGCAGGGGGAGGAGCCGUAGCAGGAGACGGAGCCGGAGCCGGAGCCACGGGAUCCCCUCGGAACCGCAUCAAGGCGGAAGCGGAUGCCCUGAUGACGGGCGACAGCUUCAACAUUCGCCACGGGCGCUCUCGAACGCAUUUCCUUCAUGGCAGUAGCACAAACAGCAGUGGGGGAGCCACCACACGCCUCCUCCUGGUUACGCCCACCCAGCUGCCAGGGGCUGGUGGGACAUCCCCAGCUCCCGUCACGCAUAAAAUCCGCAAAUUGCACAAGAAGAAAAUCAACGAGAGCAUACGCAAAAGUGUUGACAAAAGUCUGGGCCUUCUCCAUCCGCCGAAGAACCACCGCAGCUUGGCCGAGGCCGAGCAUCUGCAGGGUCGUCCUGCCAGCGAGGACACCGAUGACACGGCUCUCAGCGAGGUCAUGCAGCUGGCGGAUGAGAUUGAGCUGGAGAGUUCAUUCGCCACGGCGGCCCCAACAGGUGAUCCGGAUAUCGGUGUCAAGCAGGAGCGCCAAUUUGUGCGUGAUGAGGCCAAUUACCAGAACGACGACGACGACGACGAAGAUACCAUCGAAGCGGAGGAGGAGGUGGAUGAAGAGGAGGCUCCUGUGUCGACUACCCCAAAACCCAAAAUGGCCAGAACUCGACUGCUGCCAGUGAACGGCACUUGGGAGCGAGUUGGUACCAUAUCUCGAGACUCCUCCUCGGAAUCGGAUUACGAGAAUAAUGGCCUGGACAACGAGGAGGAGGUAGGUGAGCCAUUUGGCAAGUCGCAGCCCCUCAACGAAAGUCUCAGCACCACCGAGUGGAUGGACGAGGGUCAGAGGGAAGUCCACAACGAGCCGGAGGCGGAGGCCAGAUCCCAGGCAGCCAGCAUGGAGGUAAAGCAGAUCAGCUUCGACAGCGACAGUGACUCGGAGUCUGGCCUGGAUACCUCGGAGGUUACCAUGGACGACGGCUAUCCGCCGGACGUGCAAAUCGAUGACAAGACCAAGCAGUUGGUCAUCGGCGAUGUGGAGGGCGAGGAGACGGGCGAGAACAUGGAGUCGAGUCAGAUAACCGCCGAUGUGAUCAACGCCCGGGACAGUAAGAUCGAUCUGGUGUCCAAGUUCCUGCAGUACAUCGAACAGCAGCACCUGAUGGGCUCGAACUGUGUGGCCGGAACCUCUCUGAAUCUGGGCGAGGGCGUGGUCGACCGUUACGCCCAGGACCGGUUCCGGGUGGAGGCAGAGGUGGCCGUCAAUCGUGCCAAUAUGCUGACCAGAAUCUUCAAGACCACCGGCCGCUCCGUGCAGGAGGAUGUCAACCUGCUGCACGCCUCCGUGCUGUCCAUGGUGGAGUUCGACGAUGAUAUAUUCGCGGCCGGAAAUUGCUUCGAUUGGAACGAGCACCCCGCGCAGCCGGGCCUCUUCUGUCCGUUCGCCUACCGCCUGCCGCCGCCGAAUCUGGGAGCGGUCUUCGCCAAGGAUCUGGCCAUGGAGUACCACUAUCUGGGCAACACCUCCGAGUGGUUCUUUCUGGCCCGCAAGAAUGCCGAGAAGGUGAUAGCCCGCAACGAGCAGUAUCUCAAGUCCUUUCAUCUCUACUCGAACCGCACCGAGGAGCGCAUCGAGGACGACACGCUGGCUGUGAAAUAUGAGGACGGCAGAUGGUCAAAACCGUAUUACGACUGCGGCGGUGGCAACAUUUGGAUGCUAACCUACACGGUGCCGUUCUUUGGCUACGAGAACGGCACCUAUCACUUUAAGGGCACAUCUGGCAUCGACAUCGACUUGCGGCGCGUGGACAUCGACCAGUGUCCGCAGCGCCACACGCCGGGCACCAAGCGACCGCUGAACAUCUUCGCUGGCACGGACAAGUGCAAGCAGCGCACCACCAUGUGCGAGGCCAUCAUGGGAUUGGGCUUUCGGCGCGGCUCCUACAAAUGCUUGUGCCGCAAGGGAUUCUACUUCCCCGACAUCGUCUCGCAGCACAAGUUCUUCAACGGCAGCCUGCUGGAGGAGGAGUACGAGAAGCUGAUGCUGGGCAAGAACUCCACGUACAACAGCAACACCGAGUACGAGUGCCUGCCGUGCGCCGAGGGCUGCGACUCCUGCGAGGACUCCUCGCCCUGCAUCGCCGCCCUCAACUGGCCAAUGCGCACCAGCAUCUUGGCGCUGGCCUGCAUCGUGAUUGGCCUCUUGCCCCCGGCAGCCUGGUUCACCUUCCGCUACCAGCAGGUUAAGGUUGUUAGGGCCGCCAGUCCGGCUCUGUUACGGGUGAUCGCCUUGGGUGCAUUCUUCAUUUACUGCACGAACAUAGUAAUGUAUCCCAAUCCGAAUCUUUACACCUGCACCGCUCGCAUUUGGCUGCGCGAGAUUGGAUUCUCGCUAACCUACGGAGCUCUAAUGCUGAAAACCUGGCGGAUAUCUGUGAUAUUCCGAGUUCGUUCAGCGAAGGCUGUGAAAAUCACUGAUGCCGCCCUGCUAAAGAGACUGGGCAUCAUCUGCGGAGCCAUUGGAACCUGCCUGCUGGUCAGGACACUAGUAUCCCCGCCAGACGUGGUCGUGGGACGCACUGCCGACGACCUGAAGGCCUUCCUCUGCAAGACCGACUGGUGGGACUACACCUUCACAUCGAUGGAGGUCCUGUUCCUGGCCUGGGGCGUUCGCCUGUGCAUCAUGGUGCGGAAGGCGCCCUCGGAGUUCAACGAGAGCCGCUUCAUAUCGAUGGCCAUCUACAAUGAGUUCCUGCUGACCUGCUUCCUGAACGUGUCCAUGCUCUUCCUGCAGUCACCAGCCAAUCCGGACUUGCUGUACAUAAUCUUCUUUUGCCAUACUCAGCUGACGGUGACCCUGCUCCUGGCCCUAAUCUUCGGCAGCAAGGUGUACAUCGUGCUGCGUAGCGGCAAAUCGCAUCAGGAGAACAUCGGCCUGGGCAACAAGGCAUCGGGGGCCAAAUUCAAUUUUCGUCCUCAAGUGCGCACCUUUGCCAAUCCCAGCUCGGUAACCACUUCCACGGUCCCAGUGGCGGGCAACACGUCAGCAGAAACAAAGCUGUCCGACCAGGAGGCCCUGGAGGAGAUCCGUCAGCUGAGCAUGCAGCUGCAGCGGAUACAGGAGAUGGCUCCACCGAAGGGCGUGGCUGUGAUGACUAUCUCCAGCCUGUUAGAUGGCCUGAAGACGCCAGGCGGCCUGAUGGUGGUGGCGGCGGCGGCAGGAGCCACUGCCCAUGGCCACUCGGCAGCCACCCGCCAGAGCGCCCUUCCCCUUCUCGCCCUGAACGUGGAGAUGCAAAAGUACAGCCAGCAGAACAACAACUCGAAUGGGAGGAGUGCUAGGACUAGUAUACCCACCAUGGUGCUAGAGACCCCGCCCAGUUCGACGCCCCCGUCAGCGGCCUACGAAGAGCGGGCCAUGAAUACAGAGCUAAGUGGCGAUGAUUUCCGGGAGCAGCUGCUGCGGCGGACGGCCGAUGGCCAUAUCAUCUGCAGUCGCUGCCUGGACGCGUCCAAGGAGCACUACUACUGCUGUCCACCGCGCAGCGCCUGCGAUCAUCUGGGCUCGCCAAAGGACGAGGGCAGCCUGAGCUUCGCCAACAUCAAGCUGGAGUGCAUGUGCUCCCAGUCGGAUGACCUCGACCAGGAUCAGGGCCAGCGCCAGAGGAGGCCCACGGUGCGAACGGCAGCCACCAACACUCCGCCGACCAGCUGCAAACGGGCUCCCAGGAACCUACUGGAGGCCGAGCUCAGCAUUUCGUAUCAAAUUUGUGAUAACUGUAGAAGUAAGUACAAGUUAACUGGCCGCCGGCGGAGUGGCAGUUACUCCCAGGCACAGGCGAAUCCCCAGCUGGGCCAGCAGUCCAGUGUUCAGGUGCAGAUCCAAUCUCGCAGCAGCGAAGUCCUCGACCACACCACCGCUGUUGAGGUUGAGGGCGAGGCGAGGACCAAGGCGGCCCACUCUACGGACGACAUAGUCCUGUACACCAGUUCCAGUGCUGAGAAGAUGGAGGAGAUCGAGGUCCAGGGCCAGUUGGCCGAGCCCGCGGCUGCACCUUCCCUGGGCAAUGUGUCCAACCACUCGAACAAUUCCACCAGCGGCAGUGGAGGGACCACUCGUCCCAAGAGGCCAGACAAGUUGGUCCUGGACCUGAACGAUCGGUCCAAGUACACCAAAGAGGUUUCCGUGUAGAGAGAAUGAGUUUUGGCCAGCAAAGCAAAGGUGUUCGACGGAGGUUAUGAUUUCAAUGGGAUGCUAUUGAUUAUUUAUCCAUCUUUUCUAAGUUCACUUUAACUAUUAACCAAGGGUAAAACUCUGUUUCAGAAACAUAAAAGCCAUGUUGAAGGGUAUGGUUUUGGAGUUAGCUCCUCCAUUCCAACCCGAAGUUGAGAAUCUGUCGAACAGUUUGGGCAUUGUCUGGCGGCAAUCAAAAAUGUUUUAUGCUUAGGCCAGAUUAUCAAAGACUUUAUUAAUUAUAUUUGUACAACUAACUAGAUAACUGAUUGAUUUAGCUAAAUAUAGUGAUUAAGUAAGUGGAGGCUGAAAAACACGCGAUUUCAAUGAAAGUGCUGAAGAGACAGGAGCGAUAUGCGAUUUGCAUUGCUAAGCAAAAUGAUUUGCAACUAUAAUGAGCCCCAGAAUGUUGUGAAUUCAUUGAAUUUGGCAAACAACAAACAAGAAUAACAACAAAUACCAAACAACAGCCGCACGCGCGAAAGUCAACAACACAUUUUGUUGAAAGUCAUGUGUUUUGGGCGGAAUAAUAAUUAAAUUUACAUUCAUGUAUGUAGAUAAUUAAAUCUAAAUUGCUUACUAAUUGAAAACUACAGCGAGUCAUUUCCAAUGAAAAUGAUUUACACACUCACAAUGAUGAUGAUGAUGAUGCUGAUGGUGGUGGGUGGUGGUGAAAUGCAUUUGCUGUUAUAUUUACCAAGCCAUGUUUAAGUGCCGAUCUAUUCAAAAUGCUAGCCCAACCACACACAUACACUUGUAAAAUAGCUAAUGAAAGUUGAUGUGAACUGUAAAAUACACAUAUCUCCUUUAAACUCACACAAUACCUUCCGACUAAAUAUAGUGGAUAACUAAUUGUAGUUACAAUUAAGCAUUAAUUAGCUGUCGUACACUUAGCCGCAAUAUUAUAAAUAUUUCAACACCCCUUUGCCCCCCUUCCCCCCAACAAACAUUACAUUUGCGAAUCUGUGUUGCCGCUUGAACAGAAGGAAAGUAGGGAAAACACACAGUUCGAGAAUCUAUGUACUGUAGUUAAGCGUUGAUGUUAUUGAGUUGGAAAAAUGUGCAUUAAAUGCGUUUGUUUAAAGCAAUCCAAUAAAAGGCGAA